CAUAAAAACCCGAUUAACGUGAGUAUAAAAAGAAAGGAGCCCUCGUUAAUUUAGAUUUAGAAACUGAUUAACGUUCAUUAAGUUCAAGAAUCAGUAGCUCUCGCUCUCACCCUUAGUAUCGCUCUCACCCUUAGUAUCGUCGCCGUCGUCGUCUCUCUCUCGGUGCGUUUUCCUUCGAUGGCUGCUUCAGAUGGAGGAUGUUCAUUGCCCGUGGAGGUUUUCAUUCAAAACCUCACUGAUGAAGCUUCUGAGUUGCUCGGACUCAAGAAGUUCGACGAAGCCGUCGUAUGUCUCAGGGUAGCUCGGGAAUUGAGUGAAUACCACUUGGGAGAUGUUGCGAUUCUCAGUGUAAGCACGCUGCUGCUUUCUUGUUUGGUUGAGAAGUUAUACCUUGAGACCCAAAACGAUGGCAUAAAGAACAUGAUUGAGGAGGGUAUGAUAGUAUUCAACCAGAUGAAGAUCUUGGCAGGCAAGGCUGAUUAUGAUUCAGUAGUUAAAGUGUACUCCGAUCUUGGAGAUGCUGCUCUUAAAAAAGGUGAAGUCGAUUUGGCUUUGAAAAUUUACAGUGAAGCCCUCUUUUUUGUAGAGACUGUGGCAGAUUUACUAAGUAGCCUAGUCUACACUAAGCAUCAGGCUAUAAUGAACUUUGCAAUCGCAUCUUGCCUAGAGCAAGCAAAGAAGCAUGGGGAGGCACUCAGGUGUUGCGAGAUUUCUGUAAUAAAGUCUGGUGCUUUACUCAACAUGAAGGAGACUGCACAGAAAUCUCGUAUUAUUUUCUUAACAUAUCUAUCUUAUUAAAACAUAAACAUUGUGAUUUUUUCUAAGUGGAUUUUUGAGUUGGACUUACUAACAGAUAUGAUAUAUUUUCUGAUCCAAUUAAUUAACAAUUAAUGUUAGUAAAUUAUUGCUUUAUUUUGUAAUUCGAUAAACAACUCACAAAACUAUAAUGGUAAAAACAUAAACUUCGAUAAAACUAUUCGUAUUAUACCACAUUCUAUCAAGAUUCAUUCUAAAUUAAUGUGUAUGCUUUUUUUUUUUUUUUAACGCUGAUUUAUUAUGAUCUUACAAUUAUGAUAUAGGAAAUAUUACAUAGACGAUUCGACAACCGACAAUACUACCUGUCUUAUGAAGACCUACGCCUAACUGCAUCA